AAACAAUAAUAAAAACAAGUGACUCAUUUGUUGGAAAAAAUCACAACUUUACACGAUUCCAGUAAUUGAAUUAGCCCUAUCCUCCGUGGUUGUGCCUCGCAACAUUAAAAAAUGGGAAAUAUAUUCGGGAAACCUAAAACAAAGCCCGUCAGUAGAGUAACAGAACAGGAUAAAGCGAUUCUCCAAUUGAAACAGCAACGCGAUAAGCUCAAACAGUACCAGAAACGGAUUGAAUUGUCUCUUGAAAAAGAUCGCGAACUAGCGAAACAAUGUCUCGCAAGCGGAAGGAAAGACCGGGCCAAAACGCUGCUACGGAAGAAAAAGUACCAGGAGAAGCUGCUGAGCAAUACAGACGCCCAACUGGAGACGCUAGAGAAACUAGCUUCGGAUAUCGAAUUCGCCCAGGUCGAGGCACAGGUCGUCAGUGGCCUGAAGGUCGGUAACGAGGCGUUGAAAAAGGUCAACGAAGUGCUGUCCAUCGACGAGGUGGAGCAAAUACUGGAUGAAACUAGGGAGAGCAUCGAGAAGCAACAGGAAAUUGAUGCCCUCCUGAACGGAGUGCUAACGGAGGAAGAUGAAGAUGAUGUGUUGGCCGAGCUGGACGCCCUGGUUGCCGCUGAUCAGCAGCAAGAAACAGAACAACCGGAUAAGGACGACAUUACUGACCGGCUGCCAGAGGUGCCGGAUGAUGAGCCAAUCAAACAGAAAGAACGGCAACGCAAAAAGAAGAAAGAUGCGCCUCAAAGAGUGGCUAUGGAGGCCCAAUGAGCGACGAGUUGUUGAACAGAGCGCUCUUAUCAGCUGCCAUCGGACCGGAGGGGGAUUGAUCGUGCCUGCUGCGCCUUUGCGUCCUUGAGAGGGUGAAAAAACAGCGGAAUUUGGUGAUCAACGUAUGUAAAUACCCAUAUUACAGUUUCUAUUGAUUCCCUUCGGAGUGGGAUGAAACCAACUAGCAGAGGAUGCCACUUAAAGAAAGAAAACGAUGGCAAACAAUAAAGAAAACGAAUGUGCGAAGAUAAUCGAAACUGA